UGCAGAGAAAAAAAAAGUAUCCCGUCUAACACUCUCCAGUUGCCGCUGCUAUGAAGGCAACGUCCAGCAGCAGUUGCAGCAGCGCCGCCAGCAGCUGUAAUCAACCGGAGGCGGCUGCCACUGCGGCUGCGACUCCCAGUGGUGCAGCUAGUGGAAGUGGUGCACCCAGUGGGUCCAAGUCGCACCAUCGCUUGCCCAAGGUCUCGUUUGCACCGAUCGAUCUGCCCCUAGGCAGUGGGGCCACGUGAUACGCAAACGCGCAUUCCAGUGGCACCACCAGCAACAUGCCGCCCCACCAUACCAACAACAUUGUCUGCGAGUGGCUGCGCACCAUCGGAAUGGGACAGUAUGGAGAGAGCUUUCUGGAGAACGGCUACGAUGAGCUGGAGAUCUGCAAGCAAAUCGGGGAGAUUGACCUGGACGCCAUCGGCGUGGAGACGCCCUCGCAUCGAGGCAAGCUGCUUAAGAACGUGCGGAUGCUGCGGGAAAAGGGGGCGGCCAUUGUCUAUGUUCUAAUCAACGACCCCAAGGCCGUGUCCUUGAGCAGCAGCAACGAGAUCCUGGCAUCCGACUGUGAUACGCCGGUGACCAUGAAGGAGCUCGAAGCGGUCAUGAAGCGGCAUCUCGAAGCCGAUGGGAUACGGCUCACCGCCCACCCAUACUCUACACCGGAGGGCAAACGAGGAUACCUGGAAGGACUGGCCGCCCACUACAGCAAGCAGAUCAAUAUGCCCUACGAGGACGUCCUGGACGCCAUCGAGCAGGUGCGCCUGUCCAAGUGGAAGGAACGCCACGUGCGCAUCUCCACAGGCCAAACGCUCACUCGGAGUCGGAUGGCGGGGCCGAGCUGCAGCGGAUCGGGAAUGGGCGGGGGCCUGGUUGGCUCCUCGGUGCUGCCCACCAGCCACAGCCAGCCGCUUUAUGUGCCCGGCAAGUACUUGCCCUCCAGCUGUCUGUCGAACCGAGAGGAGAACGAGAUCUACAGCUACACGCAGAAUGACUUGGCCAAUAGAAUGGCCAGGAAUGCUAUCGACUCGAAAUCGGCUCUGAAUCUGAACGGAAUGCAGCACAGCUACCCGGGAGCGCGGUCCAAUUUCUUUUACGACUUUUCGGCAACAGAGGGUCGGAAUAAAAACAAGCAGCGGCGCACGGUCUUCGCCAGAUUUUUACACGGCCUUCGGCAGAGUGGAGAUGAAUUGAACGCCGGCGAGGGAAUGCAGCUGAAGACAAACGAGAGGCUGAGGAACUGUAGCACUAUGAAGCGCCCCGAACCACAUCAAGAUUUUGAAAAGACCAUACAGAGACUUAAAAACCAAAAGGCAGCCCAGAAGAAGCCAGCCAGUGCCCCUCUAGAGAUGGCCCUGCACGAGAGGAACAAGGGGGAGGUGGCCCACACCCACGUGACCGAGAUGCCCCUAAAUAAUUACACAAAGCAUCCCUAGGAAACGGCCCUAAGCAGCGCAGCUGCUUAAGUCUUGAUAUCAGAUAUCGGAUAUAUAAGAUCCCAGAUCCCAAAUCCCGAUCCCAGAUCCUUGAUCAAUCAAUCCGUUUUCUCAAUCAGGUGAUAUAAUAAACAGGAGCAUAAUCGAUAUAGGAUGAGGCUAAACAGAACAGGAAAUCUAUCCAGUCAACAAAGCAAUAUGGAAACACUCAUAACUUAACAAUAGGAACAUAAAUAGUCGUAGGGAUAAAAGAGUAAUCGUUGAGUUAAAGCUUACCUAUAGGACUAAUUGACAAACCCUACCUGAAUAAGCACUGGAACCCACUGUAUAGCCACCUGACCAUUAAUGAAGAGUAAGCCUAGCCUAAGCCACCCUUUCCAUAGACAUCUAAUAAUGCAAA